GUCCAAUCGAAUAGAGCAUAGCCAUCAAAGGUGAAGGUUGUCAAAGAUGGCGGACUGUGAAAGUUCGAACUGGAAUGUAGAUAUGGAAGUGAAUUUAUUUCACGCAAUGAGGCGACAUAAGCCAGCUGGUGUAAAUAGGUAUUUCCAAAUGAUGUUCAUCCACGAUAAGCUGAACAACGCCAGUAGUCGGAAGAUCUCCUCCAAGCACAUCUGGAAACAUCUUACAGAGAUGUAUGAUUUACAGGCACUGAAUGAGUCUGAAAUCAUUCCCUUCCCAAACAAGGAGGUAGAGUUCCUGCUGCCUGAUGUAGACUACCAGUCUCUGAUGGAGAAGCCCUACCCCAGGAUUGACUUUGCAUCCAUCACCACUGAGGCAGACAAACAAGAGGGUAAAGGAACAAAGAGUGAUGGGAAAGGAUCUGGAUCCUCGAAUGAUAAAAGUAAACAUGACAAAUCCUCCAAUAGGGGUGAAACGAAAGGCUCUUCAACCCCACAUUCUAAAGACAGUAAAAGUGAUAGUAAAGGCACAUCAACUCCUCAUGGGAAAGAUAGCAAAGGUGAAAAUAAAUCAGGAAAAGAUUCCAAAAAUGACAGUAAAGGUUCCUCUACACCUCACGGUAAAGAAGGCAAGGGUGAAGGCAAAGGCUCCUCCACCCCCCACAGUGUGAAAGGAAGUAAAUAUGGGGUGUCGGGGUCGGGAGCCACAUCUGCAUCCAGCACCCCAGAAUCGACACCCAAAAGGAAACGAACACGCCAAGCAAAUUCCACGAAUGCAAGUCCGGCCACUCCAUCAGAUUCACAGCCUACAAAGAGAGGCAGAAGGUGAUCGUUUGGAGCUGAUGUUGUAGACUAUGUAUGUGAACAUGGUGAACAAUCAAAUAACACUCAGAGCACAUCUGCAGCAAUAGGACGAAAAAGAUAUUUGUUUCUGAACUGGGGUUGCAAGGGUAGAAAGGAUCCCCUACAUCUCAUGUUCCUGGUUUAAGAUCAAGGCCCUGUUCACAAAGCGAUCGUAGCACUACGACUGUUGUAAGUCUAUGUAAAAGUGUUGGCAUUACGAUAGUUGUUGUGUUAGUAUCGAUACGUGAAACAGGACCCAGGCCCCAAAUCUUGCAGUCUUCAAGGAUAAGGACCCUAAGCUCAGGCAUAUCAAUCAAUGUUAGGUUGUAAAAUGAACUAUGCAUCAUGACUUUUUGUUCAAGCCCAAACUAUCGUAUAAAACAUUAUGAGUUGUUUCAUUAUGUUUCUCUAAAGUUUUGUACCUGUUAUUGGUGGCCUCGUGACCGCCUCCGUUGACUUGUGGAUAGAGCAUCUACUCGGAGAGCUAAAGGUUGGUGGUUCAAUCCCCUGCCUGCGGCAUACUAAAAGACGAUAAAAGAUGGUACUUGUUGUUACCUUGCCUGGCAUUUGGCAUUAGGGGAUACAACAAGGAGUUGGCUCGGAGUCAGUAUACUGUGUCUGAGUUGGGUUUCCAUGUUAAAUUGUGGCAUGGAAUCUCUGUGGGCUAGUACUAAAAACCCGACAGUACUACAUACACCCCAACACACAUAUGUGCAUGUACAUUCGUAUUUAAGUCCAAUAAUCUCAGGGUUUACUGUAAAACAGCAGCUGACAGCAAGUGACAGUAAAAAUUUCCAAUUUGAAUUAAGAAUUCUCCUACUCCUCCGAAUUUUACAAAAACUAGAACAUUAAAAAUGUCUUAUUUUGAAUAUUACAAUAUUUUCACAACUUGCCUGCCAAAGGCACUGAGUUUGGGAUCCUAAAUAAAUCCCUGAAUCUUGAACAUGGUGUUUAACCCCAUUUCACCUCACCUUUUGUUGGCCUAGUGGAGUAAGGUGCCAGCUGUAGCUGUGUCAGCAUCCUCUGGGAUUGAGUCACGGGAUCGAGUCCAAAAGUAGUAAACACCUGCAUCUUGCAUCACUUUCCUGUCAGAUUUGGCUGUUAAGCUGUUUUAACAUUUGAGUAUUGUAUAAAACUGUUAUAUCCAAGUCACUCACUCAUAGGUGUGUCCAGUCUAGGUCUACAGUAUCUACUGAGUACUUAUUGUGUACUCUUGACACAACCCUGUGGGGAUUCUGGAUUCAAAUUUGCCCCAGCAACCUGUGCUGUUCAUUAGAGGCAACUUAAUGGAUCCAGUGGUCAGGCUUGGAGACUUGUCAGAUGGUUUGUCAUGGUACCCUGAGUUCCUGAAUCUGCUCACAUUAUCUCAAUAAUAUAAGCUCACUGGUUUGUCUGGUCCAGACUAGAUUACUUGCGGGCUGCCAUCGUAUAGCUUGAAAGGAAAUCUGUCUACAAUAAAAAUCAAGUCUGCAUUACAAGGGGAUGAUAGUUGGAGUCAAUUUACAUCAUUUAGGUUGUUUGCAGAAUUGUCAUCUUGACCAAAAAUCUCACUAUGCAUCAAAAUUUAAUGUGUGAUUUGAAAAAUAUCUGAAUGGCUAGUAUGGAAUAAAAAAACAUUUUGUUAUUUUCCAA